AUCUGUCAAAAUGUUUAAGAAAAAGUCUUCAAAGACCAGUGUGACGAUCUCACAGAAAAGACCAACUGCCACUGAGCUUACUGCCCUGAUUGAGAAGCUACAGAAAAAUGCUGACAAAGUGGAGAAGAACAUUCUGGAAACAGAGCAGAAUCUCAACAGAGACGUGACCAAAAUCAAUGAAGGCAAACCGCCCCUGUACCAGGAGGACACUAACAAGAGGAUUCUAAAUUCCCUGGAGCUGUUGGACAGCCUGGAUGAGGAUGCAGCUAAUGCCACCCGUUUGCAACAUCCUCAGGCUGAGAUGAUUGAACAGGAUAUGAAACAGCUGAGAGAGCGUGUGAUGAAGCUCAGGGAGGACCAUGACCGGAUCUACCAUCAGAUCAGGAGUGAGGGGGUUCCCAAAGUCAACUGGGGAAAGAUUAUUGACGAGAAACUGGCAAACAUCAACAACAAGGGAUUUGGACAAGACUUGCCCACCAUUGAACAGGAAGUGGAAGAGCACAACAUCUUUCAGAGUGAAGUCGAGGCUUUGGCUCCUUACAUUACAGAGGAUGACAAGGAUAAUAGUGGAGCCAUGCAGUCUAAAUAUAACAAGCUCCUGGCAUCCUCCACAGCUCGACAGAGGAAUUUACUCACUCUGCGGGACUUCAUGCAGCGCUGCACAAACGAGCUGUACUGGAUGGACCAGCAGGCUGACGAACGCAUCUCAUAUGACUGGAGUGACAACAACCUGGACUACCCUGCCCGCAAGAGGCAGUACGAGAACUUCAUUGGCAAGUGCCUGGAGUCUAAGGAGGCCACAGUCACAAAGCUGAAUGACGAUGGGGAGAAGCUCCUGGAGAACAACCAUCCGGGAAAGAAUGUGAUUGAGGCUCACAUGGAAGCUGUUCACGCGGACUGGAAAGAAUACCUCAACCUGCUCAUCUGUGAGGAAAAUCACCUGAAGUCCAUGGACGAGUACCACAAAUUUCACAAGGAGGCAAGAGACACUCAGGACCUGCUUAAGAGACUGGAAACUGAGAUCAACCAGAAAUACAAUCCAGAAUUUAAAGACAUGUACCAGGUGGAGGGCUUGAUUGCUGAUUUGGAUGACCAAGCGAAGGCCUUGGAUCACUUUGAGGAUCGGGUGAAGUCCCUUCAGAGCCGCAGUCUGCAAGUUCUCCCACUGAAGUUCAGAAGGGAAACACCCCAGAAGCUCCUCCCAAUAGAGGCACUGUGUGACUUCGACUCAGAGCAGGGACAGAUUGCCCGUGGAGAGCGCUACACUCUGCUUAGGAAUAAUGGAACCAAGUGGGAUGUUAAAGACUCCUCAGGGCGCAAGCUGACUGCUCCCGGUGUAUGCUUCAUGAUCCCACCAACUGAUCCAGAGUCUAUCGCCAUUGCUGAAAAUCUGGUUAACCAACAGAAGAGUGUCAAACAGAAGGUGGUGAGCAGCAAAAGCACACUGCAGACACGCCUUGCCGAUCUGAAAAAGGAGGGCUCAGGCGUCAGUGAUAAGCAAGAGCAACAGUGUCGUCAGCUGAUGGCAGGACUGGACAAAGUGGUCAAUGAUCUGGAUAAACAGGAGAAGGCCAUUUACGCUCGUGUGCGCCCUCCUCUGGAGCAGACGCGUCCCUUACAGGAUAGUGUCGACAGGCUGCAGGACAUGAAGGACAUUGCCACUGCUGUUCAUAAAAUAGAGCCAGAAAAGGUCUCAAAGGUACAGGAAGCAGAGAGGUUCCUGAAAUCAAAUCCAAAAUGUGCCAGCGCUCCACAGCUCUAUGCAAAAGUGGACGAGGCUGACAAGAAAUACAACAGAGUUGACCUGCUGCUGAAAUGUGCUGAAGACAAACUUAACAGCUCCAAUCGUCUGGAGAACUCUUUGCAGAAUGGGAAAAAUCUGCUGUCCACCUAUGAAAACAAACUUGCCAGAGAGGAGGUUGCCCCAUCUGACAUGAACUCCCUUGAGAACACCCAGCGUGAGCUGGCUGACAUGGCAUCAGAGUUGAGGGCCAAGAGAUCAGCAGUCACUGAGACAGAGCAGAACCUAAGGGCUGCCAAGAGCAGCUGUGACACCAUGGCCAAUAACCUGCAGGAGCACUGCCCUGACAUUGAGAGGCAGGAAGCAGAGGUCCAGAAACUCAGCAAACGCUACGAUAACCUGAACAGGGAGAUUGAUCUCAGGUCACAGAGUCUUCAGAGAGCCAAAGUGGCCUACGGUAAUUAUCGCAAAGAUUAUGACAACCUCAACAGCUGGCUCUCACGAGUCCCAAACUACGAGCCACGUGAAACUGAUGACCUGAGGCAAAUAGAUUCAAAAUUGGCAAAUCAAAGAAAUCUGCUCUCUGAUAUCACAAGGAAGGAGUCAGACUUAAAUAAUAUCUCAAAGAAUGCACAGACUUACCAGCAAGCAGUCAAGGACUAUGAAAAUGAAACUGAAAAGUUCAAGUCUCUUCUGGAUCUUGAAGAUGGGCUCGUUCCACAGACAUACAAAAGGAGCAGACUGGAAUCCCCUGCACUUAAGGUGAAGGGUGAGGAGGCUGCUAUUGAAGCUAAAUUCACUGAAGUCAAUGCUGUGAACAGGCAAAGACUGCAGAAUCUGGAAUUUGCUCAAAGUCUUCUCAGUCAGCAACCUGAAGUCGCUGUAGUGCAACAGAAUGUGCAGUCUGUAAGAUCAGCAGCCCCUGGAGAGGAACCCUGGAGAAUCAGGAAGCAACUGGAAGAAGAGACUCAGAGGAGAGAACAGCUCGAGAAGGAAAUCCAAAACAUCCAGACUGACAUCUAUGUCCUCGAAGGCCAAAAACCCCAGGACACAAUUGUUAAGAAAGAGCUGAUCAAGAAGGUGCCUGACCCUCAGCUUGAUGAAGAGAUUCACAAAGUCCAACAGAAGCUCUCAGAUGAACGAAGGACUACUCGUGUCCUGGAAAGUGAACUGGAUACUCUACGGCUCAAACUACGCGGGAUUGAGACUGAGAUGAGAGAAGGUGCUCAACAGUACACUGUGAAGGAGGUGCUCCGCAUUGAGAGAGACAGAGAACAAGAGGAAGAACUGAGAAAGCUUAGGGAAGAGUUGGAGGAGCUUAAGAGACAGAAGAUGGUCAAAGACAAUGAGAUUGUCCAGAUCCAGAGUCAGGUCAGUUUUCUCUCUGCAGAAAAGAGUAAAGAGAAGGAGGUCAUUGUGGAGGAAGAAGUCAUCAAGGUGCAAAAUGACCCCCAGCUAGAGAUUGAGUACAGACUGCUUCUGGACAGGAAACAGAAAGAAAUAGAUGCCCGGAAACAACUUGAAGAUGAGCUCAGUUUCAUGCAGGAAAAACUGAAGCGCCUGGAAAAGGAAAAAGCAAUUGCAGAGGAGAAGAUUUCCAUUAAAGAGGUCCUUAAGGUGGAAAAAGAUAUUGCUCUUGAGAGAGAGGUGGAAAACCUCAGACGGCAGCUUGAGGAUGAAAAGGCUAAACACAGAUCCUCUCAGCGAGAGAAGGCUGACCUCGACCGAAAGAUCACAAGCCUUGAAGCAGAGAAGUCGAAGGUCAUUGUCCAGGAGAAGAUGCGAGAAAUUGUCCGACCUGACCCUAAGGCUGAGAGUGAAGUUGCUAAUCUUCGCCUUGACCUGGUGGAGCAGCAGAGAAGGUGCAGAGAUGCAGAGCUACAACUUGGAUCUCUUCAGGAUGAACUGAAGAUGCUAAAAAAUAGAGGCCCACAAGUUGAAUACAAAGAAAUCAUAAAAGAGGUCAUCAAAUAUAAAACCGACCCUGAGACAGAGAGAGAGUUGGAGAAACUCCGGAAUGAAAUUGUGGACAAAACCCACCAAACUGACAAAGCUGACUUGGAAAUUCGUCAGCUGCAGCUCGAGAUUCAGAGAUGGAAAGACGCAAAGCCCCAGGUUCAGACUAAGGAGGUCGUCAAUGAGGUUAUACAAUACAGAGAAGAUCCCAAAACCAAGGAAGAGGUCGAGAGCCUGAAGCGUAAACUAGCGGAGGAACAAAAGAAGCGUUUGGACUUGGAGAGAGAGCGAUCUGCUCAUGAGGAGAAGAUCCGGCUCAAAAAGAUUGAUUUGUCACAAAUUAGAGAAAAAAUUGUCCAUCAGGAGGUUGUGAAAAUGGAAGAGGAUCCAAUCCUGAGGACAGAAUGUGACAACUUUUCUAAGAACAUCAACAAUGAGCAGCGACAAAAGGACAGCUUAAAAGAUGAAUUGUACAAGCUUCAACGUCAGAAGGCUGAACUUGACCUCCAGUUGGAGGAGCUUGAACGUGAACGCAGGGCCCGGCGGGAAGCUGAACUGGAAAUCCAGAGGCUUAGAGUCACACUCAAUGAACUAGAGCUCAGAGACAAGGAGAACAGGGAAAAAGUAACAGUGAAACAAAAGGUAGUCCUACAGCAAGACCCACAGCAAGAAAAGGAACACUCCAUCCUAAGGCUUCAGGUCGAGGAGGAGAGGCACAAACGUAUGCUUUUGGAGAAAGAGUACAAUAUCUUGUUGCAGAAGCAGCUCACUCUUGAGAAAAUGGAGGUACGUGAAAAAGUUGUGCGGUCUGAGAAGGUUCAGGUUGAGAGAGAUCCUGAGGCAGAGCUUGAGAUUGAGAGGCUAAAGGACACUCUCGAGGAAGAAAAACGGCGCCGCAGAGAGCUGGACCAGGAGCUCAUGAACAUCAAUUCCAAAUUGUCUGAGAUGGAGUUCACAAACACAAAAUCAUCGAAAGAGCUGGACUUCAUCCGUGACGAGAGCAACAGGCUGCAACAGGAAAACCAGCGCCUGCAAAAUGAAAUCAGGAAACUUCAGGCGGAGAUCCAGAUCACCACAAAAGAAACCAGACAUAUCACAGAGUCAGCUCCAGUGGAGAACGCAAAGAACCUGGAGCUCCGACUAGAGUCCUUGCAAAAGGAGCUAGCAGACCUGAAGCGCGUCACGGCUGAGAAAGACAUAGAAAUUGAAAAACUUCAAAAGAACCUUUCUUCAGUGAGAAUGCGGAGGGAACAGAGGGAAAGUCACCUCCGCCGCUCUAUUGUUGUCAUCGAUCCAGACACUGGCAAAGAGAUGAGGCCAGAAGAGGCCUACAAACUGGGGCUCAUUGACUGGAAAAUGUUUGUCAAUCUACAGAGUCAGGAAUGUGACUGGGAAGAAAUCACAGUCAAGGGUCCAAAUGGGGAGUCGUCAGUUCUUCAUGACAGGAAGUCAGGCAAGAAGUUCUCCAUUGAGGAUGCCCUAAAAGCAGGUCACAUCACAAACCGUCAGCUACAGCAGUAUCAAAACAAAGAAAUAAGCAUCCAGGAGUUUGGUGUCAUGGUGUCAGGAAAGAGCAAAUAAGUCUACAAACCAGGAAACAUAUGUCUAUUUUUAUGAUCUUAAAGCUGAAACACUGUGCUUACCCAAACCGUUUGUGAAUUAUUCACUAUAUGCUGAUCUGCAUUAAUUUUACACAUGCAACUAAAUUGAAACAUCAUGUUAUGCUUCUCAAUGCACUGUGUAUUUAUUUUCCGUGGGUCUUGUAGGACUCCGUAAUGGUGCAAAAAAUGGUCUUUGUUUUGUCCUUUGUCCGUGUGUGUGGGUUUGAGGGGCUAACUCUUCAUUCAUACUGCAGGUGAUUCUGAAACAUCACACAGAUACAGAUUUACUAUCUAACUAUUCAAGUUAAUUUUCUGUAUACAUGGGUUCAGAUAAUUUUGUCUUUUGGGGAAUUUUGUGUGUGUUGUUUUUAAUUUUUAUCUUUUCACAUUCUCUGGAUGAAAUAAGAGCAAAAAGA